GUGUAGACUUGAAUACCUUCCAUUCAACACUCCCCUCAGAUUUUAUAUCUAUAUAUAUCUUACGGACUUUGAGACAUUUUCAUAUGUUUUUAUCACUGCUGUUAAGUUCACAUCAAUUACCGACAUUUCAACCACAUCUUUUACAUCCAUUGUCCCCAGUUGUUCUUCUAUAUUGUUGUUGUUGAAUUUGUUUUCAAUUAUGACUCGCCCAGCUAGAUUUCUGCUAAGCACAAACUCUUCUUCAACUUCCCCUUCAACGCCGGCGGCGGAGCCACCAUCUACGGUGGCAGUGGAGUCGGACUUUGUCGUAAUAUUAGCUGCUUUGCUUUGUGCAUUAAUUUGUGUGGUGGGGCUCAUCGCUGUUGCAAGAUGCGCGUGGCUCCGGCGAGCAACCGGCGCCGGAGGCGGCGGAGCUGGUGGUCAGUCUUCGGCGGCGGCGAAUAAAGGGUUGAAGAAGAAAGUGUUGCAGUCGUUGCCUAAGUUCACUUAUGACCCCAGCAGUACAACGGCGAAAGGUACGCCGUUCACGACGGAGUGUGCCAUUUGUCUGGCGGAGUAUGCGGUGGGGGAUGAGAUCCGUGUGUUGCCGCAGUGUGGCCAUAGUUUUCACCUUCAGUGUAUUGAUACUUGGUUGGGUUCACACUCUUCGUGCCCUUCUUGUCGUCAAAUUCUCGUAGUUGCUCGGUGUCGGAAGUGCGGUGAGUUCCCUGCAGUUUCCCACAAAACCGACGGUGCUCUGGCUACACCUCCGGCUGAGUCUCGUUCAUGUGCUAGCUCAAGUAAUUUUCUAGUCUAGAAAAAGAAAAGAAAAAAGACAGCGCUUUAAAUUAUAUACGCCGAUAAUGUAAAAGAUCAAUCUAAUUUACAUUAUCAGUGCAGUUAUACCAGUUGUAAUCCGUCACUUAUUGUGUUAUGCAAGUUAGGUUACUAAUCUACAUAUUAUCGUAGACAGUUGUAAUUAUCUUUAGCAUGAUAUUUUUAAAUUAUUUUUAAAAAUUUAGGGGGCGGUUGAACAUAAGAAUUGUAAAUUUUAGGGGAAAAUGAACUUUUUUUUUCAAGGAAUUUAAAAAAAAAAAAGAAAAAAGAAAUGGUUAAGUGUAUUUGUCAGAGAGUUUGGAAAUGGAGCCCAUAGAAGGUGGUGUGGAGGUUGCUUCACUUUUUGUCUAGUAGUAGCUAUAGAGGAAGAGAUAAAGAGGAAGCAACAUGCUUGACUGCUAUGGUAAUGGGAAUGUAGAAGCUAGAAGGUGACAAACUUGAAAUGAUAGGAUUAUUGGCUUCUUCUUAAGGAAAGCCCAACUAGAAAAUGGUAGGGCAAGUUGUUUGGAGUAAUUGGUACUUCAAUUUCCCCUUAAAUUUCAUUGUACAAUUUGCUUUUGUAACAGUUUUAAAAAACAUAAGCUUCCUUUUUCUUGGUCUAA